AUGGAUGAUGAUGAUGCCACGCCACGAAAGGUGUCUGACGCAGUCUCCGUCAACAGUACAGAGCCGAAGUAUCUCGCAGUCACUUACCCCGGAACAGUGGAAACGAAGUUCGAGAUCACACUCUUAGCGGCUUACUGCGGUAGCUUUCCUCUCCGUAGUGAAAGCGAAGCCAGGGAAGAAUACUCCCGCGUAUUUAACAUUGGUGAAGCUUUCACUAUCAUACAACGGGAAGAGACUGCCCUGGAAGCCCCUAUGAAGUGGACUGAAACUGGGAUGGACGAGACUGAGACAUUCAACAUAUUUACCGCUGCGACCGACAAUCUCUAUCGUGUGUACAAGACCAGUCACGUCAAGUACUCAGGCAGAAGUUUUGAGUUUCUACUUUCUACCAUGAUUUUGGAACCGCGUCUGCAACCACGGCCCUGA